CCCGUAUUUAAAAAUGGCGACCCUCAACAUCAGAGUCGGUAAAUUGGUGUGUUUUGGUGCCUUUUAGGAUCUGUACACGUCCUGGUGGGAGCUAAAAUCUCUCUCAAUGUAGCGACAGAAACUAAAUCGACUUGAAUCAUGAGUAGCCGAAGGAAGCGCGCCCCUCCUGUGAGGGUGGAUGAAGAAGCCAAGAAGAAGCUGGACUGGAACAUGUUGGACGAUCGCAAAAACGAGGCCAUCCAGGAAGAUGAUCUGACACCGAGCAGCUCUGUUUUUCCUGCUGAACCAACCCCUGGCAGCUCUUUUCCCCUGGUGUCAGAAGACGUCACAGAAGCUGCCUGCACCAGCUCCGUCCAGCUCACAGAGGAACUCCCCUGUACGUCAGUGGACAACACCUCCGUUUCAGCCUCCUUGUCCCUCACUGUGGAACCAGCUGUGAAGCUUGGCCACAUCUGGAGGGCGCUCAUAGGGGAGUUUAGCCUCCAGCCGGCUUGGGUCCCUGCUGACUUUGAUCAGAGAGCUUUUGUGCUCCACAGGGCAGGUGACCAGCUGUGCCUGUCUUACAGCAGUGAAGAUGAGAGCCCAGGGCAACAGUGGAAGCUGGAAGAGGACACUUGUACAGUGGAGUGCGGCCUCAGUGUGAUCCCGUUAGAGGACCUCGACUGGAUCCUGAAAAGGAGGUUGAUACAGCUCUGUCACCAGAGAAAGGAGGGAUCUGUCAAGGUUGGGAUUUACUUGUUGGAAACUGGACUUGGGAAGCCAGAGUUUCUCAGCGAAGGAAAUCCACGGAUAAAGAAGAAAGCCAAUCAGAUAGUGCAGAAGUUAAUGGAGUAUUUCUAUGAUUUCAUUAUUCCUGAAGUUGUAGAGAACGAUGAGGAGGAGUGUGACACCGACCUGGAGAGACAAAAUGUUGAGGAGCUUUAUGAUUAUGUCAGUCAUGUGCACCAGAGAGAGGGAUGGGAGGUGACCUGUGACGUCCAGCACAAAGCUCUUAUUCCUAUCCUCAGACCGUAUCAGUGCCAGGCUGUCAACUGGAUGCUGCAGAGAGAGAAAGUCAGAAACUCUACACCUAAAGAACAAACAAUGCAUUUUCUCUGGAGGGAUUUCAUGACUUUGUGCGGAAAGAAAUUGUUCUACAACCCUUUCACUGGAUGCCUAAUCCGAGAAUUUCCCCUGGUGGGCGUGGAGCGGCCUGGUGGGAUCUUGGCGGAUGAAAUGGGGCUCGGGAAGACAGUGGAGGUUCUGGCCCUCAUCCUGUGUCACGCCCGACAGGACGUGGAGCAAGAGGCCCUCACCCUGCCUGUGGGAAAAUCUGUAAACUAUUUUGUACCUCCUCCUCCCCUUAAGAGGAACCAAGUCAACCAGCGCAAGUCAGACCCUCAGCCUAAAACAAAACACUCUGGCCCAAGUGUGCGUGUGAUGCUCCUCACUGCCAUCAAGGAGAUCACAUCAGACAAAGGAGCCUCCAUCAAAGCUAUCUUCGCCUAUAUCCGAGUCAAUUUUUGUUUUGACCUCUUGAAAAACCGCAGCCUCAUCAAGAGGACCCUGACGAAGCUGAUCGAUGAACGCUUGGUUGCCCGGGUGAAAGGACGAGGAUUGUCAGGGUCGUAUAAACUGGGAAAGAACUACCGAGAAACAAAAGAGACAUUCGCGUCUCCGAAGUUUACUUCCAAAAUCACAGAGAGCACACCCAGGAAAAUGUUUCAGAGACGAGCAAAAGAGAAGGCCGAAGCAGCGCUCCAAAACUCUUUUACAGACGAUCAAACAGAUCUGUUCUCCCCUUCAUCGGACUGUCUGUCAGAAACAAAGGACUGGGAUGAAUGUCUGAACGAGAAAGCCGAUCAGUCGGAUGACGUGCUGAAUAUGUCCACCACAGCCUCCCUGACAUCUCAGGAUAAAAGUGAGUCAGACAAGGAGAUGCCCAGAAUGGAUGAUCUAGCUGAAGAAACAAAGGAAGCCCCUAAGCUUGAAGAACCUUGUGAAACCCCGACCAGAGCAUCUCUCUUCCCGUUCAACACUCCCAACUAUCGCUUUGAGUGCAUCUGUGGUGAACUGGGCAUUAUUGACUAUAAGGCUCGUGUUCAGUGUAUGAACUGCCAGCUAUGGCAGCAUGCUGAGUGUGUCAACUACAAAGAAGAAAGCCUGGAAACAACACCGUUCUACUGCCCUCACUGCCUGGUAGCCAUGAAACCCGUCUCCACUGGGGCCACCCUCAUCAUCUCCCCCAGCUCCAUCUGCCAUCAGUGGGUAGAAGAGAUCAACCGACAUAUCCGGUCGUCUUCUCUGCGAGUGCUGGUUUAUCAAGGUGUGAAGAGGCAUGGGUUCAUCCAGCCCCGCAUGCUGGCUGAGCAGGAUGUAGUCCUCACCACCUAUGACGUGCUGCGUUCAGAAAUCAACUACGUUGACAUUCCACACAGCAACAGCAAGGACGGACGCCGCUUCCGCAACCAGAAGCGCUACAUGGCUAUACCGAGCCCUCUGGUGGCUGUGGAGUGGUGGAGAAUCUGUCUGGACGAGGCUCAGAUGGUUGAAUGUCCAACUGCCAGGGCUGCAGAGAUGGCCCUACGUCUUGCUUCUGUUAACCGCUGGUGCGUCAGUGGUACUCCUGUCCAGAGAGGCUUAGAAGAUCUGUAUGGCCUUGUACUUUUCUUGGGGGUUGACCCAUACUGGGUUAAACACUGGUGGGUCCAGCUGCUUUAUCGCCCAUAUCGCCGUGGAAACACAGAGCCACUUUACCAUGUAAUUGCUCAGAUAUUGUGGCGUUCAGCUAAGAAAGACGUCAUUGACCAGAUCCAGAUCCCACCUCAGACAGAGGAGAUCCACUGGCUGCGCUUCUCUCCCGUCGAGGGUCACUUUUACCACCGUCAGCAUGAAGUCUGCUCCCAGGACGCUCUGGUCAAACUCAGGAAGAUCUCUGACUGGAGCCUGAAGCUUGGCAGCCUCGACCGCCGCACCGUCAACACCAUCUUGUGCCCGCUGCUGAGGCUGCGUCAGGCCUGCUGCCAUCCCCAGGCCGUGAGGGGAGAGUUCCUGCCUCUGCAGAAAAGCACCAUGACGAUGGAGGAGCUCCUGAAGUCCCUGCAGAAGAAAUGUCGAAUGGAGUGUGAAGAAGCUCACAGACAAUUGGUGUGCGCUCUCAACGGCCUGGCUGGAAUCCACAUCAUCAGAGAUGAGUACGUAGAGGCAGCAGAGAUGUACAGAGAAGUGCUGCGCUCCUCAGAGGAGCACAAAGGCAGACUGAAAACAGAUUCAUUACAGAGGCUUCAUGCUACCCAUAAUUUAAUGGAAUUGCUAAAUGCAAAGCACCCUGGGAUACCUCCAACACUGAGAGAUGACAGACUUAGUGAGGAGGCGGAGCAGCUGCGACAGCAUUACAUGACCAAAUAUGACUCUGAAGUAGCAGAUGCCUACACGGCACUCCAGCCGGUGCUGCAGAACAUCAAAGAGCUAAAACGCAAAGUCAAGCUGAGCUCCCCCUGGUGGCUGGAUGUCAUUCAGAGGGCGAUCCGAAACUCAACUGAUGAUGAUUUGGUGUCCCGUGUUAAAAAUGAACUAACAUCCAGCUACAAACAACAAGCUCACAAGCUGUCCAUGGCAGACAAGUUUCGUGAUGCCUGUGGUCUGCAGUUUCUGCUUACAUCACAAAUGCAAGACCUGAUGAAGUCCCAGAAGACCGUGCAGGAUGCAGUGAAGAGUCUCGAAGGCCCAGCGUCACAGAAAGUGAUUGAUGAAGCCACAAUCUGUCACCUCAGACCAAUGAGACUGCCGCUUAACAAUUGUGUCUUUUGCAAGGCAGACGAAUUGUUCACUGAUUAUGAGUCCAAGCUGUUUUCUCACACGGUAAAAGGUCAGACGGCCAUCUUUGAAGAAAUGAUCGAAGAUGAGGAGGGGCUGGUGGACGAUCGUCUUCCCACCACCAGCCGAGGUCUGUGGGCAGCCAGUGAGACAGAACGUACCCUCAAAGCUAUCUUAUCUUUUGCCAAAGUGAAGCGAAUGGAUCCGGAGCUGGUGGAGGAGGGCAACACUUUCAUGGAGCUGUUUGAGAACUGGAAGAAAGAAUACAAGGUUCUUCAUGAGUACUGGAUGGUGCUGAGGAAUCAUGUUUCAGCCAUCGAUGAGCUGGGUAUGGCCACAGAGAGACUCCGAGUGCGUCUGCCUGAUGAGCCGAAGCCCAAACUGCUGCACAUCAUCGAGCCACAUGAGGUGGAGCAGAACAGAGUGAAACUUCUGAACGACCAGGCUGUGGCUACUUCUCAGCUCCAGAAGAAGCUGGGCCAGUAUCUGUACCUCACAAACCUGGAGAAGUCCCAGGACAAGUCAACUGGAGGUCUGAAUCCAGAACCAUGUCCCAUCUGUGCUCGGCCCCUGGGACAGGAGUGGGCUGUGCUGAUCUGUGGCCACUGCUUCUGUAAUGAGUGCAUAGCCAUCAUUGUGGAGCAGUACAGCAUCGGAUCAAGACAACGGGCCAUCAAAUGUGCCAUCUGUAGGCAGACUACCUCCCACACAGAGAUUUCCUACGUGUUCACCACGCAGUCAUCAAGCCAGGACCAGGAAAUACCUGUCAAGGGAAGCCACUCUACUAAAGUGGAGGCAGUCGUGAGAACACUGAAGAAGAUUCAAAUAACCGACCCAGGGGCAAAGUGUCUCGUCUUCUCCACGUGGCUGAGCGUCCUCGACAUCAUCGCCAAGGCUUUGUUUGACAACAACAUGGAGUUCUCACACAUCAACGGAUACAAAUUCCAGGAGAAUCUGAGCUCCUUCAAAUAUGAAGACAAGAUCAACAUCCUCCUCCUUCCUCUCCACACCGGCUCCAACGGUCUGAACAUUAUUGAAGCGACUCACGUGCUGCUGGUAGAGCCAAUCCUCAAUCCGGCUCAUGAGCUCCAGGCCAUAGGAAGAGUGCAUCGGAUUGGACAAACCAAGCCAACGUUUGUCCACCGAUUUCUCAUCAAAUCCACGAUUGAAGAGAGAAUGCAGGCAAUGCUAAAGACAGCAGAGAAAAGUCACACCAGCCCUGCCAUGAAGCACUCUGAGGCCGCCGUUCUCACCGUAGCUGAUCUGGCUGAUCUGUUUACCGAGGACACCGAGCAUCUGGAGUGACUCUGAACACCUGGACUCACAUGGGACAGAUCUGUGCUGCAGAUACACAGGCAAAGACUGCUCACUCUUUACUCUGAUUUUGCACUUUUAACUUUUUUAUAGAAGCAUUCUAAAAGUAAUCUUUCCAAAAAGAUUCUUAGCUGGUUGAUGGACUACAUCAUGUUUUUUAAUUGUACUUAAUUUUAAAUGUCUGACCUCUUUGGAGUAUUUGUGUAUUUGGCUCACUUGUAAUAGAUGUAACUGACUCAAUAAGCUCUCCAACUUCAUGUUUGAUGGUCACAUUUGGCUGGACAGUACACUAUAGUUGCUUGUCUUAAUCUAAUAAUGAGUAUAUGCAUUUCUCUACAACUUCAGUGUCAGUGAAUGCAGAUGAAAUGAAAGAACACAGACGCUGAAAUCUCAUCAGCGGCUGAGGUGCUCUUACAACUUUCAGGAAAUAAAAGUCUGUGCAUUGCAGGGUGUUAUCACCAGCUCUUUUUGUCUUGUGCUUUUAUUGUGCUUUAUUUCUGUGUAGUAAAAGAGGAAACAGG